CCUCGGACUAUCCCUCGACAGCCACGCACACCGGGCGGCGACAGUUUCAGCCGUGGGAGCCCGAUACAGCCUGGUCUGAGACACUCUCGUACCAAUCGAAGAUGCGCUAAACGCGGAGUGGAGGACAUGUUGCAGCGACACCCUCUCUUCCGCAUCCUCAAAGCCAUCUUCAAGCUCUUUGUCGAAGUGGCCUUUUUCUGGCAGUUGCGCUUGUAUGCGUGGUGGAAGAGGAAGUCGCCACGGGAUGCCCUCCUCGAGACGCUGACCGACGCGCGCCUCUUUGAGGAGUGGGAGGCAUCGGCAUUCCAGCUGGACGAAGUGCUCGGAUACGAUCUUUGGCGCCAGAACCCCACGAGCAAGUACUACGACUACCGGCUCAUCUACGAGCGGCUCCAGGCCAUCAUCGAGGCGCGCGAGGACGAUGAUAUCCUAGGCCUAGUCAACCUGCUGCGGUCGGGCCUCGUACGGAACUUGGGCAAUAUCACUGCGCCCCGCCUCUUCAAUCGCGCUUAUGCGGGCACGAAACUCCUCAUCGAGGACUACAUUACGCAGGUGGCUCUCGCUAUCGAAUAUGUCACGACGUACCCCACCACGCCCGGGGGCAAUUCCUCCCUGACGAACCAGGCGAAGCUGGACGUGCUUCAUGAUACGCGGCAGGCGUUUGGGAGAUCGGCCCUCGUGCUGCAGGGCGGAGCCAUUUUUGGCCUCUGCCAUCUGGGCGUCGUGAAGGCGCUGCAUCUCCGCGGACUGCUACCGCGCAUCAUCGCGGGAACGGCGACAGGCGCGCUGAUUGCAGCGUUGGUGGGCGUGCACACCGAGGACGAGCUCUUGAACUUUUUGACGGGCGAGGGCAUCGAUCUCACUGCGUUUGCCAAACAUGCCAGAAACGCCGAGAGCGAGAAGCUCAAGAACGGCCACCUCGACCCGCCCACUGGGUUUUGGUUGACGACGCUUCUGCGCCGGCUCGGCCGCUUUAUCCAGAAGGGUUAUCUGCUGGACGUGGGCGUGCUGGAGGAAUGCGUGCGCGCCAACGUUGGCGACCUCACGUUCGAGGAGGCGUAUGCCAAAACCAAACGGGUGCUGAACAUCACCGUCGCGAGCACUGGCGGCGGCGUACCUAACCUGCUCAAUUACCUCACAGCUCCCAACGUGCUCAUCUGGUCCGCGGCUCUGGCAUCCAACACCUCCACCACGGCGCUCUACCACCCCGUAACCCUGAUGUGCAAAUCCUCCUCCGGGACCAUCGAGCCCUGGGCGUCAGCCGAAGAAGCGACCUUCCGACCAUGGACGCACGCCGCGUACUCGGACCGCGAAAGCCCACUCAACCGCAUCGCCGAGCUCUUCAACGUGAACCACUUCAUCGUAUCGCAAGCACGACCAUACCUGGCACCGUUCCUGCGCUCCGACCUGCACCACCACAACCCACGCCAAGACGGCAAAUGGCGGUUCAGCAUGCCGAUCCUGCGCCUCGCCGUCAUGGAAGUGCAGCACCGGCUCGCGCAGCUCGACAGCAUGGGCUGCCUGCCGCCGAGCAUCCGGCGCUUCCUGCUCGACGAGAACAUUGGCCAGGGCGUCAGCUUGACGCUGGUGCCCGAGCUCAGCGCGCGCGAUUUCGUCCGCUUGCUCGAGAACCCCACGAGACAGAGCAUCGAGGCGUGGAUCCUGCGCGGCGAGCGCAGCGUUUGGCCUGCUGUGGGCGCGUUGAAGGUCCGCUGCGCGAUUGAGGUCGAGCUCGAUCGCGGGUACCAGCUUGUGCGCAGGAGGAAGCCGUUUGAUCCUGUGCUCGAGGGUGGGGGUGAUGCUGGUGGUGGUGGUGACAGCGGCGUGGGCGAGAAGAGGGGCUGGGUUGUGGCUAACGGCGUGGAUAUGAGCAAGCGGGUGCGGGCGUCGAGUUUUGGCGGGGAUGGAUAGG